GUUAUUAAAUAUUUUCUAGAGUUCAUGUUUCAGCUUAACCCGUAGUACCAGAAGUAUAAAACCUAAGCAACCUCUAAAAAACCUUUAAAAAAAUUCUUAAGUGAUUUUUUGGAAGUACUGAGACUGUGAGAGCUGGGUUAUUUAGUCUGGAGUUUGAGAUGAUUGUAUGGAACUUAUUGAACUUUUCUAAUAAGUUUGUCCCAUUUUAUUUCAGUUCUAUGCUGAACGCAUCUGUUUGCCUGAAACUGCAGGGGGUUCAGUAGGUGGACAAAUGCAAAUGUCAAAGACUUGAUGACGACAGAUGUUAGAUCAAAGAUUUGUUAUCAUCAAGUCUUGUAAUUUGGCUUUUUAUCUUGGGGAAUGUCAGAGCAUUUAAAACCCACAGGGAACUUGGCUCCAGUAAUCUUUUUGUGUUGGUCAGCGUCUGGAAAAGAAACACCGUCUGAAAUUGGUGUCCUGUUGUUUUCAGUUUAACGUGCUUUUCACAGAUCAUAGGGCUGAGGGUGAUGGAGGGGAGAUCAGCUGUGACAAAUGCAAAUGUUUUUAUUUUAAACUUGUUCAUUUCUUUUUGGCAGAAUUACCAUUCAACGAUCACAAUUCACACAUGGAAAUAGAGGAAAGCGAGAACAUGAAGGAUACAACAGAACCCUGCAGAACAGAGCAUUGUGAUGAUACUGAAGGACAAAGAGAUCACAUGGAGGGAAACAAGGAAGGAGAAACAGAAGCCAAAAAAUCAGUCGCCUGUUUCCAUUGCAAAAAACGAUUCACAUGUAAAGCGCACCUUCAGGUUCACAUGAGAGUCCAUAAUAAAAAGAAGCAGAAAGACAGAAAAGCCACGGCAGAGAAGCUGCACACAUGCGAUAAAUCUGGGAAAAGUUUUGCAUAUAAAAGCAGCCUUAAGAAACACAUGAUCAACCACAGUGGAGAAAAGAAACACACAUGUGAUCAAUGUGGGAAGAGUUUUCCAUUUAAAGUAUACCUUGAACAGCACAUGCUCAUCCACACCGGAGAGACGCUGCAUGAGUGUGAUCAAUGUGGGAAGAGUUUCCGAAGCAAAGGAGAGGUAAAGAUACACAUGCUCAUCCACACUGGAGAGAAGCCGCAUAAGUGUGAUCAAUGCGGGAAGAGUUUCCGAAGCAAAGGAGAGGUAAAGAUACACAUGCUCAUCCACACUGGAGAGAAGCCGCAUGAGUGUGAUCAAUGCGGGAAGAGUUUCCGAAGCAAAGGAGAGGUAAAGAUACACAUGCUCAUCCACACCAGAAAGAAGCCGCAUGAGUGUGAUCAAUGUGGGAAGAGUUUCCGAAGCAAAGGAGAGGUAAAGCAGCACAUGAGCAUCCACACCGGACUGAAGCCGUACAAAUGUGAAGAGUGUGGAAAGUUUUUUGCUCAAAAAAACAAUCUUCAGGUGCACAUGAAAGUCCACACUGGAGAGAAGCCGUAUCGAUGUGAUCAAUGUGGGAAAUGUUUCCCAUACAAACAAAGCCUUAAACUACACCUGGAAAUCCAUGCCAAGGGGAAUCCGUACACAUGUGAUGAGUGCGGGAAGAGUUUCAAAACCUGUUUACAAUUCAGGAGCCACAUGACACUCCACCCUGAAUACAAGCCGUACAAAUGUGAUCAAUGCGAGAAGAGUUACGGGAGAGAAGACCACCUUCAGAGACACAUGAAGCUUCACACGGGGGAAAAGCCGCACAAGUGCGAACACUGCGGAAAGAGUUUCCCGAUGAGAGAUUUGCUUAGGAGCCACUUGAUGGUGCACAGAGAAGUAAAGCCGUACACAUGUGAUCAAUGCGGAAAGGGUUUUACACUCAAAAAAUGCUAUAAUGAACACAUGAAUAUUCACACUGGAGAGAGGCCGUACACAUGCGAUCAAUGCGGGAAGGGUUUCCCUUAUGAACAGAGUCUUAAUCUGCACAUGAGAUUUCACCGAGGAGAAAAACCCUUCACUUGUGAUCAAUGCGGCCAGAGCUUCUCCCAGAAAGGAGCCUAUAACAUCCACAUGAAAAUCCACACUGGAGAAAAGCCGUAUACCUGCGAUCAGUGCGGGAUGAGUUUCAGACAUGGAUCCUCUCUCAAAUUACAUAUGACGCACCAUACUGGAGAAAAACCAUUUCACUGUGAUCAAUGUGAUAAAUGUUAUAGUACGGCAUUAUUCCUGAAGAACCACAUGAAAACUCAUAAUAAGGAUCAAAUUUACUCAUGUUUAACUUGUGGAAAGACUUUUAAUCUGUUGGGGUGUCUGAGGAUGCACGAGAAAAGACACACCCUGGUGAAGCCUUUUAUGUGCUUUGAUUGCGGAAAGUGCUACUUUACAGAUACAGAGCUGAAACAGCAUCUGUCAGUUCACUCUAAUGAAAGACCUUACAUGUGUUCACUCUGUUUUAAGAGUUUCAGCCGAAUGGACAGCUUGAAAAAACAUGAGAAGACCCAUAACAGGAAAAUACAGAACCACCACCAUGAUGAGGGAGAGCAUGACCAAACGUCUUUAUUAAAGGGAUAGUUCAUCGAAA